UUCCAUUUGUCGUGGUCAACAAAUUUGAUUUUCGGUCUUUGGUUUAAAUACGGGUGCUUUGUUUUUGUUUUCAAUGUAUGGCAGUGCAAUAAAAAUGUAAGCGAGCAGAACGUCAGCUAAAGAUGCCCGUGAGAGAUACCUCCCUGAACACCCCACAUGUAGAGAAAACAUCAACCAAGGCUGUCUCUGCUAUCAGGAAUUGGUGGAAUACCUUCCACUUGGACAAAUCAGACACCAAUAACUCCAACACUGAAGAAGACGAGGAGGAAUUAGCAGAAAGAAGGCAGAUGUCCAGAAACCUUAACCAGACUCUGCGGACCAGGCAGCUGCUCAUAGAUUUUGAUGGUGGCAGACCAAUUUUGAGUCUCAGGGCACCACUGGAACUGGUUAACUUUCCAUCUAUCUCCCGUCCCCGUUGGCCCAUAGAGUGUGAGGUCAUCAGCGACAUUAUCCAUCAUAUAGAAUGGGACCCCCCAGAGCCAGAGCCUUUUUAUCAGGCAACAGGACAUGAGAGGACACCGAUGCCAGUCGGAGAGCAGCGAGGGAAAGUGGUGUACUGCAUUGACCAUGCCACCAAGCGCCCCUAUUUCACCUGUUCUCGUGUCGGAGGGAGCAGGGGGUCCAUUAAGAGUGCCACAUCAUAUGACAUCAAUCAGACAGACUUCACCCUCGAAUUUGAAUCACGCUUUGAGAGUGGGAACCUUCAGAAAGCCGUGCAAGUGGGUGUUUAUGAUUAUGAGCUCACCUUGCAAACAGACAUGUACACCAGAAAGCACACGCAGUGGUUCUACUUCAGGGUCAGGAACAUGAAGGCUGGAGUGACCUACCGCUUCACUAUCAUCAACUUGAUGAAGAGCAGCAGCUUGUAUUCUCUGGGUAUGAGACCACUCCUCUACUCUGAGAGGGCUGCCAAGGAGAAAGGUGUUGGAUGGCAACGCAUCGGCUCCAACAUCAGAUACUACCGUAACUGCAAUCAGGACAACAACAGCGACACCAUCGCCCUGUUCUCACUCACCUGGACUCUCCAGUUCCCAUAUGACUCAGACACCUGCUACCUGGCCCACUGCUACCCCUACACCUAUUCACACCUGCAGCACUACCUUAAGCAUAUUUCUUCCAAACCUGCAGUUGCAUCAUACUGUAAAUUACGGGUCCUGUGCCACAGCCUUGCUGGGAAUGCUGUGUAUGUGGUGACAAUAACGUCUCAGGGGGUUGGCAGGGUGGAGGGCAGGAGCAAGAAGGCUGUGGUGGUGACGGCCCGAGUGCACCCUGGAGAAACCAACGGGUCGUGGAUGAUGGAGGGGUUGUUGGACUUCUUGCUUGGGGACUCGGAAGAUGCUCAGCUACUCAGGGAGACUUUUGUUUUCAAGGUGGUGCCCAUGCUGAACCCCGAUGGUGUGGUGGUGGGGAAUUACCGCUGCUCUCUGGCGGGCAGGGACCUCAACAGAAAUUAUAAGACAUUGCUCAGAGAUUCCUUUCCCUGUGUGUGGCACACCCGAAACUUGGUGGAAAGGCUGAUGGCUGAGACGGAUGUAGUUCUUUACUGUGACUUUCAUGGCCACAACCGCAAAAACAAUGUCUUCAUGUACGGUUGUAACAACCAAGGUGAUGCUUCUCUGAAGCUUCAGGAGAGAGUCUUCCCACUAAUGAUGAGCAAGAAUGCCAGUAACAAGUUCUCAUUCAAGAGCUGUAAAUUCAGGGUGCAGAAGAGCAAAGAGGGAACAGGACGAAUCGCCAUGUGGAAACUUGGCAUCAGAAACAGCUAUACUAUGGAGGCCACCUUUGGAGGCUCCACUCUAGGUGACAGAAGAGGAACACAUUUUACUACUCGAGACCUGAAGUCCCUGGGCUUUUAUUUUUGUGACACCUUGCUAGACUAUUGUGAUCCCGAUCCAACAAAGACCACUUACUGUCUGUCAGAGCUGGCAGCGAUGUUGAGAAAGGAAGUCAGAGAGAGGCUGGGCAAAGAUCUGGGCACUGACUGUAACUUCUCUGUGUCUGACCUGGAAACGAGCACCAGUGGUUCAAAUAGUUCAGAUUCAGAUGGACUCCCAGUUCAUUUACUGAACCAGCCACAAACUCUCCAUCCAGAGCAAUCUCCAAUGAAGAAGAAAAAGAGACGCUUAAGGAGUCAUAAAGAGAGGAACAGGCUGCGACCAGAGAGAGUGAAGAACACAGAGCCAAAGGAGUCCAGCCUGCCACAUGAGAACACAGUUAAAGAGAGCAUCCCAGAGAGGAUUGGAAGGCACAGGAGAAAAUGGCAGGUAAAUAGUCUGAUGAAAAAAGCUGUGAUUCCUCCUUCCACCACUCACUCUGGCGAGGUUAGUCAGGUGACUCUGUGGCAGGGCUGCGAACCUGUCAAGGACGACUCUCUGGAAAACAUGAGGGCCGCAUACCUGCAUCGCAGGGCAUGUCAUCUCACAGCUGGGUCAACUCACACAGAUGACCUGGGGAUGGAUACAGGACACUGGAGAUGUUCAUCUCAGCUACUGCACCUAAGUGCUCUUAUUCCACCUUCACCGAAUGUCAUAAAUCCCAUCCACCAACAGCAUCACUACCCCCAACAACCCUUUGUCUCCUAUAAAGUCUACAGAGGGCAUCCAUCUUCCCUUAGAACAUCCCACAGGUCAUCCAUGUGCUUUAAGAUGGUUCCAGACAUUAUUCCAACAAAGCGCCUGCUGUCAAGCGUCACCAAUGACAACUUCAACAGCCGGUAUAUUUACAGAGACAGAAAUUCUUUACGGGUCUCAGAACGUUACUUUGUGCCUGAGGAGUCCUCCACCUCACACGCAGAUACAACCAAGACCAAACGGCAGAAUGGGGAACAGGAAGAUGAUCCCGCAGUGGGUUUGACCCUGUUGAGAUGUAUACCGCUUGGAGAGCAGAACCAGAGAGAUCUCACCCACAACAUCCCCGUGAGAGAAACGAAAUCACACAGCAAAUUAUUUGUGCCUGUGCAAAGGGCCACAGACCAAGGAGGAAAAAGACUUGGCAAAGAGACUUGUGAAGACAAAAGGCAUAUGGGUGUUUUACCCCCUGUGUCAAAGCCUUCAGGUAUGACAAUGGAACUUCCACAUCCACACAGUGACACCCUGAGGAGGCUUCAGGCGAAAGGCAUCAGGCACCAUCACUUUGGUAGAGAAAGCCAAAUAAGAAUGGAUCCACAAGAGGCAAUGGUCACAAGACCAUCGCAGUCUGCCCCAAUGUAGGGAGCAACAUUUAGAAUCUGGGAACUACAGGUUGAUUUUUAUUCUCUGUUCUCUGGCCAGUGAUGAGAAUUUCCACUCAUGAGUGAAGAGGAUUAUAUUUUUUGCUAGAAUUUCAACAGGUGUGUGAAACAACAGAUAUGCGGGGAUAACACUGCUGUUACCUCGUUUAUACAGACCUCAUGACGCAGGUCAAACUUGUGUUGUAUGGACAGAAGGAGUUAAGUCAAAUCCCAAGUAAUAAUUACUAUCCAUUGGCAAUCUUUGUUUAAUGUUUAAUUAUAUGUCCUCUUUAAAUAUUGAUAAAAAUUGAUAUUAACUAU